AUGCCCGUGCCUCCGGGGGCUCCCCGGCCUGCUGGCCUUGGCGGCUAUGGAGCCGUGGUGCUGCCGGUGAGGCGUGAGGCCAUGCGGACGCAAGGUUUCGUGGCAGUGCCGUCCUUUCGCGUCGAAGCGCCAGCUGCAGCGUCGCCAAUGAUGAGGAAGGCUCCGGCUCCGGAUGUCCUUUCUGUCACCGGCGGCUGCGCACCGCGACAGGCAGCGGUUCCGGUGCCGAUACAAGUAGCCGCAUCUGGAUAUCAAGCCCUUCGGCCACCAACUGCUCCACGGCGCCCGGUUGUGCCACUGGCACCGCGGGGUCCCAUGGGCCCAGGUGCGACUACCGUUGGUGCGACUUCACCGGUCGCGGCGCCCCGAGUGGUGCGAGUGCGAACAUCACCCUCGCCACGUCGCAUGGACGUUGCGUCUCACGGGCCCCAUGCAGAUGCAAUGCGGCUGCCAACGCCUGCACGCGCGGUGCAGAUUCCCGUUGUGCAGUCCACGGCCAUCACGGCUUUAUCUCCCGUACAUCGCGCCCGGGUCAUUCUUCCUACGGACCGGAGUCCCAAGGCAUCCCCGGUCCUCCGUGGCUUCGGCUUUCCUCAGACCGUUGUCCGGAAGGCACCCGAAGCCAAGGCAGAGGCCAAGCCCGAGGCCCUGCAGCCCGUGCAGCCCGUGCAGCCCGAAGCGGCGAAGGAAGCUGCGGCCAGCAAGAUGUCCGAUGCUCCGAAGGAGCCACUCUCGGUCUCUCUGGACGGCACAGCAAGAGAGGAGCAGAAGGAGACUAAAGAGGCCACCAAAGAAUCCAAGCUGGAGGAUGUGCAGGCAGGGCAAGGAGAGCACACGGACUCGCCGGACCUUCUGGGCGAUUUUCGCUCUCAAACCUCCACCCAGGCCUCCGAGGUCAAAUGCGACUUUUCUCAGUGCGCUCUGUCAGUACCACUCGAGGAGGAGGUGCGUAGUGUGCGGCCCCUGCCGCCGCGGCCACAGCAUGCGCCGGACCUCCGCGAGGUGUUAGCAGAGCCCGUAACCGACGAUCCGGUUGGCUUUGCUUGGGAGUUUCUGCCGGAUAGGCAUCCAGUCGAGGCCGAGGGCGAGCGGCGUUUCGUCGGCGAGUGCCUCGCUCGCGUCGGGCUCGAGCUUCAGGUGGCCGGGGGCCUUGCGAGGUAUGUGCAGAAGAGAGAGGACUUGACGCAGCUCCACAGCCGACUUGAGGCCUCGGAAACGGAGAACAUCCCGCUCCAGGUCUUGCGCGUGGUGCUCGAGGAGACGCUGCAGGAAAGAGUUCGCCGGGGUGGACAAGGCAUUUUCGUGCAAGCUGGAGUGAUGAUGUCCAUGGGCAACAAGAAGGUGGUAAAGAUCGCAUGCAGUUGCGACGGCAGUGAGGGCCACCUGUCUGUAUGUUGGGAUUGGGAUGUCAAGCUUGAGCCAAAGUGCGACCCGUAG